AUGAUAAGAAAGUUUUUGAAAGCUCAAGAACUUAACUAUCUCAAUGAUAUUAGUUCUUUUGAGUUUAAAGAGCAUGAUGUUAUAAAUAUAAUAAUUAUAUUUGAUUUAAUGGAAACUUAUUUAGAGUCUGAUGAUUAUUAUGGUGAAUUUCCGGAUGAAUAUGAGCUUUUUAGAGAGUUUUAUGAACAAAUAAAUUAUAAGUUUGAUGAUUUAUAUUAUAGUGAUAGUGAUAGUGAUAGUGAUUGUGAUUUGAUAAUUUUAUAAUCUUCUAACAUAUUUUGUUAUAAGAUUACUACUUUACUAAAUAUAUCUAUCGAUUUAUAACAAUCUAUUUUAUUAAAUAAAUUGUUAGCUAUAUCUAUGAAUUUUUUAUCAGAAGAAUUUUUAACUGAAUCUUCGUAGUAAUAUGCUUCGUAAAUAAAUGAAGAUAUAGCUGGGAAUUCUUCAUGAAAAGAACAAUCUAUAUCUUCAAUUUUAGCUUUUUUCAAAUUAUUUACACUUUUUUCUAUUUUAAUAAGAGUAUCAGUAUCUCUAUAAGAAGACGGGGUGUAAUAAUAAGAAGAAAUUUUAGGUAAAUUAAUAUACAAAGGUUUGAUAUUUUUUUCAAUAGUUUUUAGUUCAUUAAAGACUUUUUUUGAAGGAUAAACAAUAUUCCAUUUUUUAAACACCAUUUAUUAUAGCGGGGCUCCCGCGCGCGCGAAGCGCGCGUGGGACAGAGCCCCAUACUCAUGGAAUAUGGUCAACCUCUUUUCGCUUGGUUGUCACGUGACUGACCGAGCGUACGUACGUACGUACGUACGUACGUACGUACGCGUCUACAGAUUGUACGGGUAGGGUAGGGGAGACUAUCAAAAGGAAGGGAGGGGUGUCUCAGGCGUGUGUUGGCAAGUCCUCAUCUUUUUUAUAUGACAUUCACAAUAUAGUCAAUUGACAGCUGUCAAAACAGGAUAGGCACUGACCAGUAUCCCAUGACCAUAACGCGGGCUCAUUUGUCAACUCAUCAGGGUGACGUAAUUUAUUUGGAAGCUGUCCGCUGACCAGUUAAUCGUUUUACUAGAUCGCAAACAAUAUUCAAUCUCAUACUUUUUAACAUGGAUAUUAUUAUUAAUAUUUAGCUAGUUUGGGAUCGGAGCACAGGAAAUGUGAUCAAUUGACAGCUGUCAAAACGAGGUAUCCGCUGACCAGUAUCACUUGAGCGAAUCGCGGGCUCAGGUGUCGACCCAUCGAGGUCGAGUAUUUUUUUGAAGUUAUCCGCUGACAAGGUACUUGUUUUCAAAUGAUUGCAGGCUCAAGUUUAAUUUUUUUUUUAAAUUCAUAUGAAAUAUGUUGUGUUUAUGUGCCGCACAAUUAAAAUUUUGAUUUCAAACUGACCUCGGACGCGAAAAUUCAGCCAGCUGCUACAGGCAGGGAAGACAGUUGCUUUUGACUUUUCUCGCCAUGUUCACGCGUUGGUCACGCUCUACGUCCAAUUUUUAUGCUCUGAUUGGUCAAAAUUUGACAGGUGAGUUCAUGCGCAAAAUUUAUGCAGCAUCUUGAAUCUUGUUUACUUUGACAGCUGAAGCUGACAGAGUUUUGUGUCAACUUGUGAUGUUUUUAACUUUCUUUUUCCACUGGAUGUACAAAAUGAAAUUCAGAUUCUAUCAGGAGUCUUCUGUUAUUCAUGGCUAGUUUGUUUAUUGGGUUUUUGGUUGAGUCAAAGUCGGAAAUCCGAUUUCGGAUGGCAUCGUUUUCGUUUUCACCUUGCUUAAUGCGUAAGAGGGUUGCAAAGUCUGAAGCGAUACUGGCCUUCCUUGAUACCUUUCAGGAGCUGCAUCUCGAGUGGUAAGCCUAAGUAAUUAUUGUAUUUGAUGUUUGUUUUUUAUUCCUAAUUUAAUGAAGUCGAGCGUAGUUUAUGCGGCUAUUUUGUUUACGCACGUUUGUAAGAUUUGAGACAAUGAUCUGACCGCGUAUCAGGUUUGUUAUAAGCUUACAGAUCUUUAAAAAGCCUUUAGACAUUUUCUCACCGCAAAUAGAAAGAAAACGUUUCAAGGAAUAUUUAGUUAUAAUUCUGACUGUAAAAGAAAGGUUUGAGCGAUUUCCUUGCCUCGAGUUCGUCUUUGAAAAAAGCAAACACCGGGAAGCCGGCUUAAAACACAAAAUUCAGCUUUAAGCUCGAAGACUCAGGAUUUUUAGAGACACUUUAAUACUUGUCUUCCUGAAUGAAAAUUGUCGUCUCUGUAUAUGUUUCUCCGAAUUAUAUUUCUUUUAUUAAUUGUUAGUACUGUCUCUUGUAAUUUUAAUCGCUGUGUCGAUUGUUUUCAGUCGUUCAGUGAACAACGCUUCCCGGAGUACUCAAAAUGCCGCGCGUUAAACCGUUUUAAAAUAAAAAAUAAACAUAAUAAAUUCUUUAUUAUGUUGGAGCGUAACUCUGUUAAUGUUCAUUCAAACACUCGCCACUGCUAGCACUGCAAAAGUCAGAACCGGCUGGCCGUAUAGAUGAUUUUGAAAAUUUUUUUUAACGGUUUAGCUAAAGCCCACGCGUGCUGCGAUCGUCCUGAAUAUUGAAUGAUAGCAAUUUGUAUCGCAAUAUUGUGAAAUACUGCAUUCUGUUGUGCGAGGUCUGUAUGAUAAAAACAGUGCCUCAUAGUACUGUUUCACCUCAGAUGUGAUGUAUAAAUGAUAUAAAAGGUUGGUUUACAGUCGCACCCAGAUUUGUUGGCAAGAUUUUGUAAAGUAAACUUGUCGAACGCAAAAAAUUCGGCCGGAAUUUUUUUCCAGGCCUAAUUAAUCUAAGGCGAUCAUGAGCCAUUAUGGCUCUUAAUAAAUGUGAUCCAAGAUGAUUGCCAGUUUUUGGGUGUACUUAUGAGGCUAUCAACUCGAUGUGAGAUUUGGUUCACUCUUGGGCUACUUGCAAAUUAUUUUUUGUAAAAUCACUUAGCCUUUCCAUGAAAAGUCACACGAAUGUGCUCUAAAGUUAACUGAAUUGUGGAAUACAAGUUUACUGUUUGAUUUAAAUUAUAAAUUUAUUAAUGGGAGCCUCGCUUUUAGCCCUGGCUAAAUCUAUAUAUUAUUUUUUUUGUUUUUAAAUAACUUAAAAAAUAAAACAGGGAAAUUCCCAUUUGAUGAGUUGAGUGUAUUUAGGGAAUUUUCCCAACAAAAAUAAUCUAAUCAAAAUAAUAAAAUGGAACCAAGAUCAAGAGAAACUACUCCUACAAAAGAAGACUUUAUAGUUGAUGAUGGAUAUAGACAUGAUGAGGAUCCAGAUUAUGUUCCAGAUAAUGAUAAAUAUGUUGUUUCGAGUAAAGAUUUCAAAAAGUUAACCAAAAAUGCUAAAAAACUCGGUGCUGAAUCGCUUGAUUAUUCAACACGCAAAACAAAUAUGUAGCAACACUUUCAAGUGGAAAGAAGAUUCAUUUCGGGUCAUCACAACAUCCAGACUAUCUUAUUCAUCAAGACAAAGAUCGAAGAGAGAGGUAUCUUGCUCGAGCUAAAAAGAUUAAAAAUAAACAGGGGGAGUUAACUUAUACUAAUCCUGAAUCAAGUAAUUUUUGGUCAGUCCAUCUACUCUGGCCAGAAAAAUAAAUUAUGGCUUAAGGAUUAAAUUCUUAUAAUAAAAAUGAUGUUAUCAAGUUACGAAAAUCUUACUCAAGACAAUAUUAUCUUUAAUGAAGCCAAAGAGUACAAAGUGAAAGAUAGCAAAAUCAAAUACAAACGUAUCCCAAUUGAAGUCAAAUAUCCAAAUGGAAAGAAAGGAGCUUUGGUAAUUGAAACUCCAGUUCUUUUCUCUUUUGGAGUAAAUGAAAAGAAAAACCAAGAAACAAAUAAGUUAGUAGGUUAUAGUAUUCCAGUAUGUCUUUGGGCUAAAGGUAGUGAGCCGAAUACUAAAGAAAAAGCAUUUUUUGAAGCUAUUAACAAUAUAACAAAUAUCUCUCAGCAAUAUUUAGAGAAUGAAUACGGUGCAGAUCUAGCAUCAACUCUAUCUUUACCAUUUUAUUACAAACAAGAAGAAUAUACAGAUAAGAAAGGAAAGAAGAAAACAAGAAUAGACCCCUCAUCUGCACCAGUUCUUUACGCAAAACUGAUUUACUCAGAAAAAUCUAAGAAAAUUCUUUCACUAUUCAAAACAAAAGGAAGAAAAGAUUUGAAUCCUUUUAAAUAUAUUGAUCAGUACUGCAACGUUAAAAUGGCUUUGAUUAUUGAAGGAAUAUUUAUUAGUAAGACUGUAACAUCUUUGCAAAUAAAAGUACAUGAGUGCUUUGUCAAACCAUUAAAACCUAGCGAGUCUUUACUAACAAUUGAAGAGGAAGAGGAAGAUGAAGAGGAAGAGGUUACUGAGCAAGUAUUUGAAGACUUAGUUAUCUCUGAUAAAGAAGAAACUGAGUAA